GAUAAAUUAUAUUUUGUUUUUGUUAUUACUACUAAUAAAUUAUAUUGUGAUCAAUCAUGUUUCGGAGUCGCAGUUGGUUUGGUGGUGGUCUGUGGAAACCAAAAAAUCCACACUCGCUUGAGCAUCUCAAAUAUCUUUAUAAUGUCUUAUCGAAAAAUCAAACCGUGUCUGAUAACAAUAGAGGUCUACUUGUUGAAACUCUCAGAUGUAUUGCUGAAAUUUUAAUCUGGGGAGAUCAAAAUGAUAGUAGUGUCUUCGACUUUUUUUUAGAAAAAAAUAUGCUAUCAUUUUUUCUUAGGAUAAUGAAACAAAAAUGUGGUAGUUAUGUCUGUGUUCAACUUCUUCAAACGCUCAAUAUAUUAUUUGAAAAUAUAAGAAAUGAAACAUCUCUGUAUUAUUUAUUGAGUAACAAUCAUGUAAAUAGCAUAAUCGUGCACAAAUUUGACUUUAGCGACGAAGAAGUAAUGGCUUACUACAUAAGUUUUUUAAAGACAUUAAGUUUAAAAUUGAAUGCACAUACCAUUCAUUUUUUUUAUAACGAGGUAAACAAGCAUACAAAUGACUUUCCAUUGUACACCGAAGCCAUUAAAUUUUUCAACCACUCUGAGGGGAUGGUAAGAAUAGCUGUGCGUACACUGACAUUAAAUGUGUACCGCGUAGAAGAUGCUUCGAUGCUCGCUUUUAUACGUGACCGCACAGCGGCUCCUUAUUUUAGUAAUUUAGUCUGGUUUAUCGGAAAUCAUAUCAUUGAACUUGAUACAUGUGUUCGAAAUGACGCAGACCAUCAAAGUCAAAAUAGAUUAGCGGAUUUAGUAGCAGAACAUUUAGACCACUUACAUUAUUUAAACGACAUUCUCUGUCUGAAUAUCGAGGACUUGAACGCAGUGUUAUCAGAGCACUUGCUUCAUAAAUUACUAGUUCCUUUGUACGUUUACUCGCUGACUAAAUCAAAAAAUCUAUCAAGCCACUCAACCCAAGAAGAACGAAAACAUGUCAGCGUGGUCGUAUCACUUUUUCUACUGUCUCAAGUAUUUUUAAUCGUCUCGCACGGACCUCUAGUACGUACCCUAGCGUCAGUUAUCCUGAAAUCCGACUCUGUGAUAAUCGAAAACGGAGCAAGUAGAAUGUUAGAAGAGUAUGAUCUCAAGACUGAUAAGUCAAUAGCUUUUGCACCACCCACUGAAAGCUUGGAGAAGUCAUUAGAAAGUUUGAGUGGAAUUUCCGAGGCCCAGAGUCCGACUAUCGAUAUGAUUUCAUCUAAUGAUUCGCCACCAUUGAGUUGUACGAGUGAAGAACUGCCAGAGUCUUCGGAUUCAGAUAUCGUCAAACUCGAUAAUUUAGAUGAUAAAAUAAAGCAUCUUAAUGUUACGGAUGAAGAAAAAGAGAGAUUGGCUCUCGAGAGUCCUGUGUCUUCUAAAAUUCCAGAAGGAUUGUCCAAUGGACCAGCUGUGUCUAGACCGUUUCUUGAUACUAUUCUCAGCUCUUUGCAAUGUACAGAAAAUGACUAUGCGGCGCUUUUUGGACUUUGUUUACUUUACGCUCUUAUAAGUAAUAAGGGUGUUAAUGAUGAAACGCUUGAUUUUUUGUUAAGUCGUCCACAAAAAGAAAUGUCUAAUAGUUGGUAUAAUGAGACACUAGUAGAAAAAUUAAUUAAUGUUAUUUCAAUGAGUUGCCAAAACAACGCCAAAAUACGACUUGUAACGUUGGAGUUGUGUGUUAAAUUAUUAUUGAAAAUCGUUAUGUCUGAUGGACAAAGUUUGUUAUGUGAUGCACAUUUAGCAGCAAUUGAAUCUGCAAGAGAGCAGAGUACUGCGUUGUUAAGAAAUUUUUAUAAAAGUGAAGAUAUCUUUUUGGAUAUGUUUGAAGAUGAAUACGUUGAAGUGCAAAAAAAACCAUUGAACGUUGAAUGGUUGAUGAUGGACAGUAAUAUUUUAUUGCCACCAACUGGUACUCCAAUGACUGGGAUUGAGUUUACGAAGCGACUACCUUGCGGCGAGGUCGAGAGAGCUCGCCGAGCAAUCCGAGUGUUUUUUAUAAUCCGUGAACUGUCAUUGACACUGAAUAAAGAGACAGAGACACAAUUACCACUUACUAACCCGGCGAAUUGUGUCCAGGUUAACAACGUUCUUGACCUAAGUAAAAAUAACAGUGAUUUGAUCGCUUGCACGGUGGUAUGGAAAGACGGACAAAAGAUAAGACGGUUCUUGGUAAUUGAUGUUAUUCAAUUGAUUCUUGUGGAACCUGAUACGAGAAAAUUAGGAUGGGGUGUAGCAAAAUUAGUGGGAUUUCUUCAGGAUAUCGAAGUAGCUGGCGACAAAGAUGAUUCUAGGUGUCUUCAUUUGACUAUUCAUAAACCAAGUAGUAGUUGUACCAACAAGCUACCUCUUCUUUCGGCAAAGUUUAUUUUUGAUGAUCAUAUUCGAUGUAUGGCUGCGAAACAAAGAUUAAGCAAAGGACGCAUCAAAGCACGUCAAAAGAAGAUGAGUCAAAUAGCCCGGCUUUUGGACAUUCCAACAAACCUCCCAAGCUGUUCAACUCCCCCUAAUUACGCUCUUUUUGGUAUUCGUAAUGAACGAAUGGCUGGAAGAGGUCAAAGACCUAAGGAUCAACAACGACCAAUGUUUAUGGUUAACAAAGUGCCAGGAUUUGCUGCGCAAAUGCGCAAAGAGACGCCGAGAGCUCGGCGUGAAGACGCCAGUCCGAGUGGAAGGUCUCAAGACAGUAGUUUGAGGUCCCGCGACAGCUCCCCGAAGAUGCCGAGACCUCGCAGUGAAGAGAUUCCCCUGGAAGAUAUGAGACUACGAAAAUCCUCGCUGACUGUCAACGGGUCCGCUAGUUCCUCUGAUAGGGACGAAAUACCUGUGUUAAAUUUAUCAAUUAAUAGCGAAACAGCUGUGAUGAAUAAACAUUCUGAAGAAACUUCGUUCACUUCACCGCAAAGUCAACAAAUUAAAAAAAGUCGUCGGAAAGGUCAAGUAGAGACUGUGUAAAUGCUUAAAAUUAAUAAAUAAAAUCUAUAAUUUUCAUUUUGAACCGA